UAUUAUUAAUAUUAAAUUAAUGAAUUCAAAUUAAAUUAUUUAUUCCAAAUAUUUUUAAUACAUUUAGGUAUCUACAUAUACAUAUCAACCUAUUACUUAAUUUUAAAGGAAAUUACAAUUUCCUAUGGGCAUUCAGAUAAAUUUUAGGCACAAUGUUGAAAUUUGGCAAAAAAGUUAUGCUCAACUAAAUGAAACAAAUAAGAACAUAAGAUCUCCCAUUCUUCCAUCUCCUUCAUGUUCGUCUGCGUUGGAAAUUUCAUCAUCGGUCAAUAAUCAAAAUAUAGUCCAACCUCAAAGCAUACCUUAAAUUGUAAAUUUUGAACCAUGUAACAUAUUAAACUCUACUCAAGGUGCUUUGAUAAUUGAUUAUUACAAAAGUCACAAUUGUUUGAAUGAUCAUAUAAGAACUUUAUUAGUUGAAAUAAUAAUCCAAGAAUUAAUAACAAAAAAAAUAUUAAUGUCCGUCGCAUUGGCAGAAAAUAUUGCAAACCAAAUACAGCAACUUUUUUCAUCUGAAUUGAAGGUUUGAUAAUUAUAUGAAUGCACAAUAAUGCAUAUUAUAUAAUCAAUAAUUUAAUUAAUAAUAUUUUUUUUAUAGGAAAAUUAUUUCAUAAAAGAUCAUUCAAGACAGCCAAAAGGAAAGAUAUACUGUAAAUAUUAUAAUACUAUGAGAACAUUAAAAACAAGCGGGUUAAUCUUAAAACAUACAGAAAAAAAUGAAUUAAUUAAUAAAACUAAAAAUAGUAGUUUUAGUAGAUGGACUACUAAUAACUAUGAACCUGAAGAAGAUAUACAGUUAAUCUUAAACCAAAUUAAGCAUGAUAACUGUAGUCUUCCAGAACUUGAGCGGCAUUGGAGUUCAACUGUAAAUCACAGGUUAAAUGACAUUCAAAAGGCCACAACAACUCAGGAAAUAAUAAAAGAAUGGAAGAGCUAUGAAAUACCAAUGGGCUAUAAAUUAGUAUGUAACAUUUGUAUUUUAAAUUAAAUUAUCACAUUACAUGCGAAUAUUAAGUUUUGUUAACCAUGGUCAAUAUUACAAGUAAAUAACAUUGUGAAACAUAAGUAAAU